AUGGGUCGGAAGAAGCCGACGAACCAAGAGGACGAGAACUCCGCUGCCGCACAGGGCGGUGGUGGGAAGUCCAAAAAGAAAAACAUGGUAAUUGAUGAUGAUGAAUACUCAGUUGCAACUGAGUUGUCGGAGGAACAAUCAGUUCAGGAUGAGAAAGUGGUGCCAACUAGUAAUAGAAAGAAGGGUAAGAAGGAAAAUUCAAAAAGUUCACAAAUCACAGGUGAUGAUGACGAUGUAGAGGUGAAGGAUGGGGAAGACGAGGAUGAUGUCCCAGCGACUCAAUUUGGUGGUAAAAAGAAGAGUAAGUCAAAGAAAAGUGGGAGUAAUAGUGUAUUUAGUUCUUCAAAUUUUGGGUUACUUGGUGAAGAAGAUGAGGAUAAUGAUGGAAGUUCGGUUGUGAUUCAAGACAGGAAUGAUGAGGGUGUUCGUAGUGAGGAAGAGAGUGAGAGUGUUGUGGCUUUUAAAGGGAAAAAGAAGCCAUCAAAGUCAAAAAAGGGUGAUAGUGUGUUUAGAGCGGCAGUGUUUGAUGCAGUUGAUGAUGAUGAUGGAAGUGGCAUGGUGGAUAAUGAGGACGAGCCUGUUAUUUCUUUUACAGGAAAAAAGAAACCAUCAAAAUCGAGUAAGAAAAGUGGUGGCACUGUGUUUGCAGCGAUUAGUUCUGUUGGACUUGAUGAAGGGAGUGAGGAUAAGGAUGAAACUAAAAAGGAUGAAGAUGAAGACGUUGCUGAGAUUACUUUCGCAGGUAAGAAGAAGAAGUCUUCAUCGAAGAUCAGUAGUAGUUCAUUUAGUGUAGCACUGCUUGAUAGAGAAAAUGACGAAGAUGCUUCUAUUUCUAAAUUGGGUGGUGAUAAUAUUGAUGAUGAUUUUGGUGCUUCGGAUGAAGAUGUGUCAGCCAUUAUGUUUUCUGGUAAAAAGAAGCCUUCCAAAAAGAAGAGUACCAGUGUUUUUGCUACACUUGAUUCUGGGCUUGUAGAUGGAUCAUCGCAUGUGGUUGAACCUGAACAAUUUAGUGUGAGCACUAGUACUAAAGAAGCUAAUAAUUCUAAAAACCAAAAGCAGGUGAGUGAAGACCUGGCAGAAACGUCAAAGAACAAAAAGAAGAAAAAAAAGGGUGGAAGAACUGCUCAAGAAGAGGAUGACCUUGACAAGAUUCUAGCGGAACUUGGAGAAGUGUCCUCUACAUCAAAACCUGCUCCAUCUCCAGCUCCUCCUCCUCCCCAAGAAGCGGAGCUUCAGACUCAGCCUGAGCCAGUUGGGUCUGCAGAUCCUAUAGGUGAAAAGGAAACCGAGGAGGAGGGUGGUGUGGAGACUGCUGCCACAAAGAAGAAGAAAAAGAAGAAAGAUAAGGAAAAAGAGAAGAAGGCUGCUGCCGCUGCUGCUGCAAAGGCUGCUGCCGCUGCUGCUGCAGUGGAAGAAAAGCAAGAAAGGCCGGAAGAAACAAAGACUAAAGUAUCAGAUAAGAAAGUCCCCAAGCAUGUGAGGGAGAUGCAAGAGAGACUUGCCAAGCUUAAGGAAGCAGAAGAAAGGAAGAAGAGGGAAGAAGAGGAGAAGUUAAGGAAGGAAGAAGAGGAGCGUCGUCGGCAGGAAGAACUUGAAAGACUAGCAGAAGAGAAAAAGCGCUUGAAAAAGGAAAGGGAAAAGGAGAAGCUUUUGAAGAAGAAACAGGAAGGGAAGCUUCUAACUGGGAAGCAGAAGGAAGAAGCUCGUAGGUUGGAGGCAAUGAGGAACCAAAUACUUGCUAAUGCAGGAGUGCCUCUUCCUGGUGGAGACAAUGGUGGUGCCCCAGCAAAACGACCCAUGUAUCAAACAAAGAAGUCAAAGCCGCAUUCUCAAACAAAUGGGGUGGCCAUUACAAAAACUUUUGAAAGCACGGAAGCAAAGGAGAACCAGCUGGAAACUGCGUCAGAGGUAGAUUCCCUGGAAACCGAGAAGAUCGAAGAACUGGAGCCUAUGAAUGUGGAGAAGGUGGAAGAAUCCAAAAUGGUUGAAGAGAAUGGAAUUGAAGAAGACGACGAUGACGAAGAAUGGGAUGCAAAAAGUUGGGAUGAUGCUGAUCUGAAACUGCCUGGUAAAAGUGCUUUUGCUGAUGAAGAGGAGGACUCGGAACCUGAACCUGUGGUCAAAAAAGAGAGAAAGGGUGUACGACCAACUACUCGUGAUGCGUCGCUGCCACCUGGAGCUGCCAAACUAGCAUUUGCUACCCAGAAAAACGCCUCUAAUCGACCAGUCAAAUCUGAGGAUGUUGAAAGUAACAAAAUCCUUCUGGAGACUGGGGUUACAGGCAAGAAUAAGCGAAAAGAACCUCAAGGGAAAAAGGAACAACCAAAAUCAGAUGCUUCCUCCAACCAUGAAAUUAAUCUCCGUUCCCCAAUUUGCUGUAUUAUGGGUCACGUAGAUACCGGUAAAACCAAGCUACUUGAUUGUAUAAGGGGCACUAAUGUUCAGGAAGGUGAGGCUGGAGGAAUUACACAGCAAAUUGGUGCAACAUAUUUUCCUGCUGAGAACAUACGGGAGAGAACCAAGGAACUGAAAGCUGAUGCGAAGCUUAAUGUCCCAGGCCUAUUGGUUAUUGACACACCAGGGCAUGAAUCUUUUACUAAUUUGCGCUCUCGGGGUUCAGGUCUAUGCGACAUUGCAAUUUUGGUUGUAGACAUAAUGCAUGGUUUGGAACCACAGACCAUUGAAUCACUCAAUCUGCUGAAAAUGAGAAAUACAGAGUUCAUUGUUGCCUUGAAUAAGGUGGACAGACUUUAUGGAUGGAAAAUUUGUCGCAAUGCACCAAUUGUGAAGGCAAUGAAGCAACAGUCGAAAGAUGUUCAAAUUGAAUUUAAUAUGAGGCUUACUCAGGUCAUCACACAGUUUAAGGAGCAAGGGUUAAACACUGAAUUGUACUAUAAAAACAAAGAGAUGGGGGAGACUUUCAGUAUAGUACCUACCAGUGCAAUCAGUGGUGAAGGCAUUCCUGACAUGUUAUUAUUACUGGUUCAAUGGACUCAAAAGACAAUGAUAGAGAAACUGACAUACAUUGAUGAAGUACAGUGCACAGUUUUGGAGGUUAAGGUUAUUGAAGGCCAUGGGACAACCAUUGAUGUGGUGUUGGUUAAUGGCGUGCUUCAUGAAGGAGAUCAAAUAGUUGGACCUAUUGUUACCUCAAUUCGAGCGUUAUUGACGCCCCAUCCAAUGAAUGAACUCCGAGUUAAGGGAACGUAUCUGCAUCAUAAAGAAAUCAAGGCUGCCCAGGGUAUCAAGAUUACUGCACAGGGCCUUGAGCAUGCAAUUGCAGGCACUGCUUUAUAUGUGGUGGGGUCUGAUGAUGAUGUGGAAGAUAUCAAGGAAUCAGCCAUGGAAGAUAUGAGAUCAGUAAUGAGCAGGAUUGACAAAAGUGGCGAGGGAGUUUAUGUUCAAGCAUCUACUCUUGGGUCACUGGAAGCAUUGCUGGAGUUCUUGAAGACUCCAGUGGUAAACAUACCUGUUAGUGGAAUAGGUAUAGGCCCAGUGCAUAAGAAGGAUGUCAUGAAGGCUAGUGUCAUGCUUGAAAAGAAGAAAGAGUUUGCUACAAUCUUGGCCUUUGAUGUGAAAGUGACACCAGAGGCUCGGGAACUUGCAGAUGAACUUGGUGUCAAAAUAUUCAUAGCUGAUAUUAUUUAUCACUUGUUUGAUCAGUUUAAGGCCUACAUUGAUAAUCUCAAGGAGGAAAAGAAGAAGGAAGCUGCUGAGGAUGCAGUAUUUCCGUGUGUUCUCAAAAUUAUGCCUAAUUGCAUCUUUAACAAAAAGGAUCCGAUUGUUUUGGGGGUUGACAUUCUUGAAGGCAUUGCUAAGAUUGGAACUCCAAUUUGUAUUCCCCAGAGGGAGUUUAUUGAUAUUGGGCGGAUUGCAUCAAUUGAGAACAAUCACAAGCCAGUUGAUUAUGCCAAGAAAGGCCAGAAGGUUGCCAUUAAGAUUGGAACUCCAAUUUGUAUUCCCCAGAGGGAGUUUAUUGAUAUUGGGCGGAUUGCAUCAAUUGAGAACAAUCACAAGCCAGUUGAUUAUGCCAAGAAAGGCCAGAAGGUUGCCAUUAAGGUAUGA